AUGGACAGCUGCAAUAUAGGUAGUUGGAAUGUAAGGGGAAUGAAUAAUAAGGAGAAGCAAAACUAUAUUUUGGAGUUUUGCAAUUUCAGUAAAGUUGGUGUAUGUGGUUUGUUAGAAACAAAGUUGAGAGGGAAUAAAAUUCAGGAGUUAAUGGAGAAUAAAUUUACUAAUUGGGACUGUUAUACCAGUUCCAGUAUUGAGGGUUGGAUAUUGAUAGUGUGGAGGAGAAAUUUUGUGCGUGUCAUUGUCAUAUCAAAAUCCCAGCAGCAUGUGCAUUGUGUGGUUAAAAUGUUUGGUCAAGUUAAAACUUUUUGUUUAACUUUUGUGUAUGGCUUUAACUCAAUUGAAGAUAGAAAGGGUCUUUGGCAAAGCCUGUUACAGCUCAGAUUUCCUGUCAAACCUUGGGUAGUGCUUGGGGAUUUUAAUUCUGUGUUCAAUGUGGAUGAUAGGAUUGGAGGGAAUCCAGUGACUCAUACUGAAAUGGAUGACUCAAAUAACUGGUUGGCUCAAGCUCAUGUUGACAAGCUCCAAAGUAAUGGUUCUUUUUUCACUUGGACCAACAAUCAAGAUGGUCUUAAGCAUAUCUAUUCCAAGAUAGAUCAUGUUUUUGUGAAUGAAGAUUGGCAUGAUGACUUUCCAAACACUUCAGCUCGAUUUUGUUGGGAGGUCACUUCUGAUCACUGCUCCUGUGUGAUUUCAGCUAGCACUACAGAAUUGAUAGGGGUCAAGCCUUUUCGUUAUUUUAAUUUCUGGGCAGAGCAUCAGGAAUUUCAGACCUUAGUGGAGAAGAAUUGGAAGAUUCCAUUGGCGGCUAGAGGGCUAAAAGGGGUCUAUUUGAAGCUUAUGAGGGUUAAACACUGUCUCAAGAAAUUCAAUCAUGAUAAAAUUGGUGAUAUUGGGAAGUCUUAUCAUAUAGCUAGAGAUAAUUACAUUGAGGCUAAACAUCAGGCUGAAGCCAAUCCGAGAGAUGUUCACUUCCAGCAGCAUGUUUCUAAAGCAGCUGAUUUGUUCAAUAUUCAAGAGAAAAUGUACCAUACUUUUCUCAAACAAAGAAGCAAAAAGAGGAAGGUUGAAAAUAGAAUAACCUCUUACACCACAGACCAUGGUCUGAUUAUUGAAAAAUUUUCUAAAGUUGUGAAGCACUUUCUGAACCAUUUUCGUGGCUAUAUGGGAAGUAAAAGUAAUGCAACAGCCAGGUUGAAUAUGAAUUGCAUUGAGCAGGGACCGAAACUUACUCUUGAGCUUCAACUGGGGUUGUUGAGACCGGUUACUAGCAAGGAAAUAAGGAGAGUAAUGUUCAGUAUUCCAGAUACAAAGUCUUCGGGGCCCGACGGAUUCGAUUCAGGGUUCUUUAAAAAGAUGUGGCCAGUUAUAGGAGGAGAAAUCUCUGAUGCUAUUAUCAGUUUCUUUAAACACAGACUGGCUUUGGUUCUUCCUGUCUUAGUUCAUCAAAAUCAGGGAGCUUUUAUUCAAGGGAGAUCAAUUGCUCAUAAUGUGAUGAUUCUUCAAGAUAUUUUGAAGAAUUACAGGAUGAAAAAUACGUCUCCCCGUUGCACCAUCAAGAUUGAUAUAAGUAAAGCCUAUGACACUGUGGAUUGGCAAUUUGUAGAAGAUUUGCUGAAUGCUCUGAAUUUCCCUGGUAAAUUUGUUCAGUUGGUGAUGAAUUGUAUUAAAAGUACAACUUAUUCUCUUCUUAUGAAUGGUAGAGUUCAAGGAGGGUUUCAAGGAGUUAAGGGGCUUCGUCAGGGUGAUCCUUUAUCCCCUUUGAUAUUUGUUCUGGUUAUGGAAUAUCUGUCGAGAUGCCUUCUUCAAGCGGCUCAGAAAUCCAAUUUUCGCUUUCACCCCCUGUGCAAAAACCUAGAAUUGAUCAACCUUUGCUUUGCGGAUGACUUGAUUCUUCUCAGCAAAGGUUCUAAGCAGUCCAUCAAGGUGCUGAAAUCUGUUCUUGAUGAGUUUAGUGUUACUACAGGGCUGUUUAUCAAUGCUAGCAAAUCCCAGAUUUUUUUCGGAGGGGUUGGCUCUAAGGAGAAAGAGGAGAUCAUUGGUGAAGUUGGGUUGACUGAAGGCACCUUUCCUUUAAAGUACUUAGGGGUGCCUUUAAGACCAACCAAGUGGAGAGCUGAAGACUGCGGGGUUAUUCUAAAAAAAAUCUGA